CGCGUCAUACCUGGCGAGACGUUGUUGUUAUACCUCAGCUGGUCAGGACGGCUCUCUGCACCGCCCAUCAACAUGUUCACUAAAGAUUUUACUCUGCCCACUGAGGAGGAACUGACGGUGGAGGAGGUCAACGUCAGCACACCAGCACUGAGGGCAGCGGCCUUUCACCUGGGCAAAGCUUGUGAGAAUGAGAACAGUGAAUUUAUGUUGUGCCGCAGAGAAGAGAAAGACCCCCGCAAGUGUAUAGAUGAAGGGAAAGCAGUAACUGCAUGUUCCCUGUCAUUUUUUAGAAAAAUUAAGAAGGCUUGUUUAGAGGAAUUCAAUCAGUAUUCCAACUGCUUGGAUAAGUCUUCCCGAGACUUGGAAUACCGUCAUUGCCGCAACACUCAGGCUGUCUUUGAUAAGUGCGUUCUUGAAAGCCUGGAUCUUGAGCGUCCAGAGUUUGGAUACUUCUGUAGACCCAAGAUUCUUAAUACCAAAAGGCCGAAACCAGAUGUGGAUGCUCCUUUGGAGUUUCCUGAUGCUCCAGUGCCUCUGCCAGAUCAGCCAGCUACUGGUACUGCUCGAUAUGGCUCACGUUUCUACUGGAUGCAGUAAAUCAUAUUUUGUUUAUUAUACAUAUUGGUAACAAUAUGUUCUCUUUUAGGCCAUAUGCUAAUUUACUACUGUAUCAUGUUCAGUGUAGAAGUUUUAAGUACAGUAUAGACACAUUAUUGUAAUUUCAAAAUUAUUUAUUUAUCAUAUGGGGUCAUUAAAAUUUGCACUUGAAAAACAUUUCUCAAAGGUAAAGACACCCAAACCUUUGUACUGUAUAUAUAUUGUUAUUGGGGAAUGUUAUGACUAGGCGUGUUUAAAUGUACAGGUGAUUAAUUUAAAUAAAUAUCUUUAAGUAAAAAAA